UCCUCUCCAAGAAGAGCUCAGCUUCCUCAGCUAUUCCAGCUCCUCUUCACCACAAGUCCGUCCUCAUCACUUCUCUUCACCACAAGUCCAUCCUCAGCAGUUCUCUUCCCAUCACGAUGGAGUGCGAGAACGGGCACAUCGCCGCCAACGGCAAUGGCCUGUGCGUGGCGCAGCCGGCGCGGUCCGAUCCUCUGAACUGGGGGAAGGCAGCAGAGGAGCUGUCGGGGAGCCAUUUGGACGCUGUCAAGCGGAUGGUGGAGGAGUACCGCAAGCCGGUGGUGACCAUGGAGGGCGCCAGCCUGACCAUCGCCAUGGUCGCCGCGGUGGCCGCCGGCGCCGACACCAGGGUGGAGCUGGACGAGUCCGCCCGCGGACGCGUCAAGGAGAGCAGCGACUGGGUCAUGAACAGCAUGGCGAACGGCACCGACAGCUAUGGUGUUACCACCGGCUUUGGCGCCACCUCGCACCGGAGGACUAAGGAGGGCGGCGCUCUCCAGAGAGAGCUCAUCAGAUUCCUCAACGCUGGAGCCUUUGGGACCGGCAGCGAUGGACAUGUCCUGCCCGCCGCGGCGACGAGGGCGGCCAUGCUCGUCCGUGUCAACACCCUGCUCCAGGGGUACUCUGGCAUCCGUUUCGAGAUCCUGGAGACGCUCGCCACACUUCUCAACGCCAACGUGACACCCUGCCUACCGCUUCGGGGCACCAUCACCGCAUCCGGCGACCUUGUCCCGCUUUCCUACAUCGCGGGGCUCGUCACUGGUCGCUCAAACUCAGUGGCCACGGCUCCGGACGGCAGCAAGGUGAACGCAGCGGAGGCAUUCAAGAUCGCCGGCAUUCAGCAUGGCUUCUUCGAGCUGCAGCCCAAAGAAGGUCUUGCCAUGGUAAAUGGCACGGCGGUCGGCUCUGGACUCGCGUCCAUGGUGCUCUUCGAGACCAACAUCCUUAGCCUCCUUGCCGAGGUUCUGUCGGCCGUGUUCUGCGAGGUCAUGAAUGGCAAGCCGGAGUUUACCGACCACCUCACACACAAGCUGAAGCAUCAUCCCGGACAGAUCGAGGCCGCAGCCAUCAUGGAGCACAUCCUUGAAGGAAGUUCCUAUAUGAAGCUUGCAAAGAAGCUCGGCGAGCUCGACCCACUCAUGAAGCCGAAGCAAGAUAGGUAUGCUCUCCGGACAUCGCCUCAGUGGUUGGGCCCUCAGAUUGAGGUUAUCCGUGCCGCCACCAAGUCGAUCGAGCGCGAGAUCAACUCCGUCAACGACAACCCACUCAUCGACGUCUCCCGGGGCAAGGCUAUCCAUGGCGGCAACUUCCAGGGCACCCCAAUCGGCGUGUCCAUGGACAACACGAGGCUUGCCAUUGCUGCGAUCGGCAAGCUCAUGUUUGCCCAGUUCUCGGAGCUGGUUAACGACUUCUACAACAACGGUUUGCCUUCCAAUCUCUCUGGUGGGCGCAACCCGAGUUUGGACUAUGGCUUCAAGGGUGCUGAGAUUGCCAUGGCAUCCUACUGCUCAGAGCUCCAAUUCUUGGGCAACCCCGUGACUAACCAUGUCCAGAGCGCAGAGCAGCACAACCAAGACGUCAAUUCUCUAGGUCUCAUCUCUUCGAGGAAGACUGCCGAGGCCAUCGAUAUUUUGAAGCUCAUGUCAUCGACAUUCUUGGUCGCGUUGUGCCAAGCUAUCGACCUCCGCCACAUCGAGGAGAAUGUCAAGAGUGCCGUCAAGAACUGUGUGAAGACGGUGGCCAGGAAGACCUUGAGCACCAACGAUAGCGGCCAUCUCCACAAUGCACGCUUUUGCGAGAAGGACCUGCUCUUGACCAUCGACCGCGAGGCAGUGUUCGCAUAUGCGGACGACCCUUGCAGCGCCAAUUACCCACUGAUGCAGAAGAUGCGUGCGGUUCUUGUGGAGCACGCCUUGGCCAACGGUGAGGCCGAGCGGGAUGUGCAGACUUCGGUGUUCGCCAAGCUCGCCACAUUUGAGCAGGAGCUCCGUUCGGUGCUUCCAAAGGAGGUUGAAUCUGCCCGGAGCGCCGUGGAGAAUGGCACUGCCGCACAGGAGAACCGCAUCACCGAAUGCCGAUCAUACCCGCUCUAUCGCUUUGUGCGCAAGGAGCUAGGGACGGAGUACUUGACAGGAGAGAAGACGCGGUCUCCAGGUGAAGAGGUGGACAAGGUGUUUGUUGCCAUGAACCAGGGCAAGCACAUCAACGCUCUUCUUGAGUGCCUCAAGGAGUGGAAUGGUGAGCCCCUGCCAAUCUGCUGAACAGAGGUUCAAGGAAUUUGUGAGAAGAUAGUGUGCUCCACUUGUGUUUAGCUGAUAUGCAUAGUACUGUUUUUUCAUUGUAUUUCCUGAUGUUUGCAACGUUCUUCCAAAGCUGCCAUGCGAUUGAUUGUGAAAUAUUGCAACUGCA